AUGUCAGUUCGUCCCCUGCUUGGUUCAGUCGACUGCGGUUCCCGCUACGAUGCCACUUCUAGCAGAAGAAACGACAUUGACAGACCAAUCGUGGAGAAGAGGCUUCUCCGCAAGUUGGACCUUCGAAUGGCCUUCUUAGUUCUGAUUUACAUUAUGAACAUCGUGACCAGGCUACGAGGUUUCGAGGAGGACCUUGGCAUGACAGGGAACCAGUUUAACACACUCAUCAGUAUCCUUUAUGUUGGAUAUUUUUUGACGCAGGCUCCUUCCAAUAUGAUCUUACGCCGCAUGAAAAGGCCAUCAUUAUACCUCUCGAGCUGCGUGAUAGCAUGGGCUGCUAUCACCAGUGUUCAUGGGUAUCAUGCCGCUCUUAUCUUGCGCUUUUUGCUUGGAUUCGUGGAGGCGACAUUCUUUCCUGGAGUUGUAUUCCUUCUUUCACGAUGGUACAAGCGCAAUGAACUAGGGCUACGCAUAGCAGUUCUUCUUUGCGGCAACUCUGUCAGUAAUGCUUUCGGUCCUCUUAUCGCGUCGGGAAUUUUAGGAAGCCUAGAUGGUACACUAGGCUUUUCAGCUUGGAGGUGGCUUUUCUUUGUGGAGGGCGCUUUGACCAUCGUUGUCGCAGUGUCUGCAAUCUGGAUUUUACCUGAUUUUCCUUCAACGCCAUGCGUCUGGCUUUCACCUGAUGAACAAACACUGGCCAAACGACGGAUGGAGGAAGAAGCUGCGGCCAUUGGACACGAGAACAAGUCUGAAGAGAACUUCUCUGGUCUUGCUGAGGCUUUUAUGGAUUGGAGGGUAUGGUGGCUUGGUGUUGCUGUUCAUUUGUUGGUUUGCUCGGCGUCGUUCAGCAUUUUUUUCCCCACCCUAUCCGCUACAAUGGGUUACAGCGCGACUGCUAGCCUUUUGCUCUGCGCACCCCCGUGGAUUUUGGGAACUGCAACCUCAUUUGUUGUGGCCAGGCACUCCGAUGUAACUGGUGAUCGCUUCUGGCAUAUUGUCGGUCCUCUACUUGUCUGCAUCGUUGGAUUUACAAUGGCAAUUUCUACGAUGAAUACGGCCGUGCGAUAUCUAUCUCUAUUCUUCAUGGCUCAGAGCCCUGCUGCCUAUGUUGUCUGUUUGACCUGGGCCAUAAAUACGUUUUCCCAAUCACAGUCGAAACGCGCUGCCGCCAUCGCACUCAUAAACUCCAUGGCAACAGCUGGUUUCAUUGAUUCAUCAUACUUCUGGCCGUCCAAUUGGGGACCUUCAUACGUGAACUCAUAUCUCAUUUGCAUCUCGACAAGCGUUUUGUGCAUUGUGAUGUGCUGGGUAUUUAGGGGGCACCUUUCACGGUGUAAUGAAGCUGCUGAAGCCGAAGAGAACGUUCUAGGGCUACCUAAGGGUUUUAGAUAUCUCCUCUAGAGUAUGAUUGGCAACUGAUAUGAUCCCAUCAGUGAGAAUAUGUAUGAAUGGACAUCAGGGCACACAAUAUAUUCCGGAUAUCUUAUUUGGCGAGUCAUAACUUGAAAUUGACC